UCACUUGAAUCCAGCUCAGAUAUCGCAAAUAUAUAAUGUUUUACUAUGGACUCACCAACCUGACAGUUCUCUACUUCACGUAUUCUUUCCUCGGCUGGCUCUGGGGCACUCUCUUUCUGAUCCUGCUUGUCAAAGUAGGCGAUAAGAUUCUCCUCAGUUGUGGGUAUUUGAGACUGAACUACGGAGACAUCUGCAUGAGCAUCGAGAAACCAGGAAUCAAUCACAACAUUUCAGGAUAUGCGAUUCUGGACAAAGAAAAUUACUCCGACUUCAACAAGUUCAUCUUUGAGAGAGGAGUCAAGAAAGUCUUCAAGCUCAGGUCCAUCUUCGUGAAGAAGCUGGGCAUUCUACUUUGGCAAGACCAGGGGCCUCAAGCAGGCAGAGACCAAAUCAAGUUAUGCACCGAAGAAAUCCAUGAUGAAGAUAGUCUCUGACACUUUGCAGAGAAGAUUUGUAACCUCAAGAUGGACUACUCAAAGCCACUUUGGGAGUUCCACUUCAUCGAGAACUACUCUGAGACCCAGUCAGCCAUGGUCAUGAGGAUGCACCACACUUGAGCUGACGGUGGUGGCAUCGUUGGACUCUUCUCUGCAAUGAACGAUCCUGACAAGCGACUCAAGAUCAGCAAAGAGUUUCCAAAGAUUGGCUUUGUACAAGACUUGGUGUUGACAUUCAUUUGACCAAUAUACAGUGUGUAUUUACUGGCUAAGAAAGCACUCUUCCAUUCAGACAAAGAAGCUUCCAAAAUCAACGAGCUCAAGAACAACGACAGUCAUUAUGUGAAGUUCUACUCAAGCAAACAAUCUUUCGAGUUCACAGAUGUAAAGAAGUGUUACAAAAGGUUCGAUGGAAACCCCAAGUUCAAUGACUAUCUCAUGGGGACCCUCUCAGUCAGUCUCAAGAAGUGGUAUGACAAGUAUGGUCACGCUGACGCCCACAAGAUCAAACUGGUAAACUCAGUGAACAUGAGGAACCUGCCGAAAGAUAUCUCAGAAAUCACUCUAUACAACGAGAGUAUCGGUGUCCAGUUCGAACUCCCGAUCAAGCAUGAGUUCGAAGCAGCGAUGAACGAAGCCAAGACCAACUUUCACAAGGACCUGGGCCUCUUCGAGAUCAUCUGACUGCGGAAGAUCUCAGAUACAUUUCCGUUCUUGCCAGAAGUGGUGUUGAAGUUCUUCAUGAAUGAGUUUUACAAUGGAGUCGACUUCAUGUUUACAAAUUUACCGAUGUCUUCAGAGCCGUGCUACAUUGCCAACCGAGAAGUCACGAAGAUCGGAGUAUUUCCGAAAAUGCACAACUCAGUGAACUUCUUCUUCAUUGCUUCUACAUACGAGAACAGGCUGUAUCUGAGCGCUUGAGCGAACGGAAGCUUGAAAAUGGACCCUCAGCUACUUCUAGACUACGCAAGUGAGUACAUCAGCGAAGACAUCAGAAUUUCACAAAAGUAAUCAUACACCACUAACAGAGCAACGUGAAUCAAAUUCAUCAAUAAUUUCAUUAGAUUC